AUGUCUCCCUGCCGUAUCGGUCACCAGUCUGUCUUCCCUGGCAACUUUGUCCUCGGGAAGUGGGAAUGCUGGCCAUGUUUGGCACUUUCGUGCUUCGUCAUGCGACUCUGCAUCCACUCCACUCUUUUCUUUGUGGACAUGGUUGACUUUGAACAAGACAUCAAGGAUCAUCUAGAAUCUAAAACACCAAAAAAACACACCGAGAUAGUGCUGUUGGCUUCGGAACUGCUUGGCUCACCGGCUCACAGUCCAGGCGCAAGGCCAUCUGGCUAUGCGCCAUGUGACUCGGUGAUCUCCGUGGACAGUAAAGGCAUUUAG